UCCUGUAUGACGGGAAAUGAAACUUAAAAGCAGACCCUCAUUCGUUUGCAUAACGACACACCCUUGUCAUAACUUCCUCUAGAACUGUUCUAAAGUAAUCUGUUGAAUCACUCUUACCUUACCUGUACCCUGAGAUCAACAUCACCUAGACAACAUUAGCAGCAUUUACACAACCAUGUGGGCAGAAGAUGACUUCUCUCUUCCCUCUGGGGUAGUGCGACUGGGCCAAUCUGAACCACAAGAUGGCUAUACCUACAUCAUGUACCACGGCACCACUAAGCAGGCCGCAAAUCAAAUCCUGAACACUGGUUUUCGUCAGUCUGCUGGUGGUAUGUUGGGGCGUGGAGUGUACCUCAGCCGAGACCUGCAGAAGGCAAGCAGGUACCCCCUGGAUCAUCCUGAAAAUCAGAGGGUUGUCAUUCGAGUCAAAGUCAAUGUGGGCAAGGUGAAAAGAAUUGACAGUCAGUAUCAUGCUCUGCGGACAACCUGGCAUGAGAACGGUUACGACACCGCCUGGGUUCCUCCUAACUGUGGUAUGGUGAAGAGUGGUCUAGAAGAGGACUGUGUCUGGGAUCCAAACCGCAUCACUGUCUUAGAUUUCAUCCAGCCUAAUCCCUCUGGGGUAGUGCGACUGGGCCAAUCUGAACCACAAGAUGGCAAAACCUACGUCAUGUACCAUGGCACCACUAAGCAGGCGGCAGGGAUAAUUAGGGCCUCUGGUUUUCGUCCGUCUGCUGGUGGUAUGUUGGGGCGUGGAGUGUACCUCAGCCGAGACCUGCAGAAGGCAAGCAGGUACCCCCUGGAGCUUCCUGAAAAUCAGAGGGUUGUCAUUCGAGUCAAAGUCAAUGUGGGCAAGGUGAAAAGAAUUGACAGUCAGUAUCAUGCUCUGCGGACAACCUGGCAUGAGAACGGUUACGACACCGCCUGGGUUCCUCCUAACUGUGGUAUGGUGAAUAGUGGUCUAGAAGAGGACUGUGUCUGGGACCCAAACCGCAUCACUGUCUUAGGUACCAUCCAACCACAAAGGCAGCAGCCCCACAGCAUCUACACAACCAUGUGGGCAGAAGAUGACUUCACUCUUCCCUCUGGGGUAGUGCGACUGGGCCAAUCUGAACCACAAGAUGGCAAAACCUACGUCAUGUACCAUGGCACCACUAAGCAGGCGGCAGGGAAAAUUAGGGCCUCUGGUUUUCGUCCGUCUGCUGGUGGUAUGUUGGGGCGUGGAGUGUACCUCAGCCGAGACCUGCAGAAGGCAAGCAGGUACCCCCUGGAUCAUCCUGAAAAUCAGAGGGUUGUCAUCCGAGUCAAAGUCAAUGUGGGCAAGGUGAAAAGAAUUGACUGUCAGGAUCAUCCUCUGCGGACAACCUGGCAUGAGAACGGUUACGACACCGCCUGGGUUCCUCCUAACUGUGGUAUGGUGAAGAGUGGUCUAGAAGAGGACUGUGUCUGGGACCCAAACCGCAUCACUGUCUUAGGUACCAUCCAGCCUAAAAUGCAACAGCCCCAGUGUCCACAAGAUGGCAAAACCUACGUCAUGUACCAUGGCACCACUAAGCAGGCGGCAGGGAAAAUUAGGGCCUCUGGUUUUCGUCCGUCUGCUGGUGGUAUGUUGGGGCAUGGAGUGUACCUCAGUCGAGACAUGAAGAAGGCAAGCAGGUACCCCCUGGAUCAUCCUGAAAAUCAGAGGGUUGUCAUCCGAGUCAAAGUCAAUGUGGGCAAGGUGAAAAGAAUUGACAGUCAGGAUCAUCCUCUGCGGACAACCUGGCAUGAGAACGGUUACGACACCGCCUGGGUUCCUCCUAACUGUGGUAUGGUGAAGAGUGGUCUAGAAGAGGACUGUGUCUGGGACCCAAACCGCAUCACUGUCUUAGGUACCAUCCAACCACAAAGGCAGCAGCGUCCGCAUCAGGAAUGCAGAACCAUGUGGCCAGAUGAUUACUUAACUUUUCCCAAUUUGGUACUACAAGUGGGCCUACCUGAACCACAAGUUACCGAUAACUACAUCAGGUUUGUAGUUGCCGCUGCCGCCUCUGCGAAGGCACAGGAAAACCUGUUGUCUGGUUUUGACCCUCAUGAUCAUCCUCUGGGGACAUACUGGAAUGACAACCUCUUAGAUUUCAUCUAGCGAAAUAUGCAACAGAUCCAGUGUCAUUCACGCUGGUGAUGAAGGGUGGAUAAUGUGUAACAAUAUGAAGAGAAAAAUACAUUGAAUGUAUUUCAACAGUAUGUCAUUUAGUCUCACUGACUAAAUCAACAGUUGAUUUAACCAAUAAAUUGUUACAACAAUAA